UGAAGAAAAUUUAUAGUUUUAAGUGUUUUUUUGUUCAUUCUUUUGUUAAUUUUCACGUCUAUCUCAUAAAUUUAGUUUUUCACCUUUGGUCAUCCUGUUGUGUUUGCGUUGUGCGUUGACUGUUCGUCGUUGCCAAUGUGUUAGGUUAGAUGUACAUGGAAAGUUCUUUUCUUUUGCACUAAAUCACAAAAACCAACCUGUGUGCAGUGCCCGAAGUGAAAUGGAGUCGAUAUUGGAGCAACAGCGCAGAUACCAUGAGGAGCGGGAAAGGUUGAUGGACGCAAUGGUGAGAGAAAUGCUUCAUAAGAAGAGUGGCCAGAGGGAACAGAUAAACUCUGAUCACCGGCUCAAGGGGCUUUUGGAUAGAUUCGCCGACAGCACGACUAAUUUGAAGGAACUUUACGAGGACAAGGACAGUCUUCGCAAAGAAGAGGUGGCGUCCAUGUCUGGACCCAAUGAAUUCACUGAAUUUUAUGCUCGACUGAAGUCUAUCAAAGAGUUCUACCGCCGACACCCCGAUGAGAUCAGUGUACCAAUGUCUGUAGAGUUUGAGGAAAUAGGCAAACUUCGUGAAAAUCCCGCGGAAGAUACAAACAUGACCGAGUUCACUGAUGAAGAAGGAUAUGGCAAAUACCUUGAUCUUCAUGAGUGCUAUGAAAAGUACAUCAAUCUGAAAGGCAUUGAGAAGGUUGAUUACAUAACGUACCUCAUAACUUUUGAUCAGCUUUAUGAUAUUCCCAAAGAUCGGAAGAAUGCAGACUACCGAAAAUACAUACUGGACCUCCUGGACUAUUUACAUGGCUAUGUUGAACGUGUAAAACCAUUACUUGAUGUCCAUGGAGAAAUGGAAAGUGUUAUGAGAGAUUUUCAUCGUCAGUGGGAUGCUGGUACAUUUCCUGGGUGGCCUAAAGAAACUGGUAGUGUGCUCACAAACCAAGGUGCUCAUUUGGAUCUGUCUGCCUUCUCCUCCUGGGAAGAAUUAGCAUCUUUGGGUUUGGAUCGCUUAAAGUCUGCGCUUCUUGCACUGGGGUUGAAGUGUGGUGGAACUUUAGAGGAACGGGCUCAACGACUCUUCAGCACCAAAGGAAAGGCAGAAAUUGAUCCUGCUCUCCUUGCAAAGAGCAAGCCAGGUCGUGGACGAGAGACCAUGAAGCACAAGGACAUUGCGGCUCUUGAAGCCCAGGUUUACAGAUUUGCUGAGCUGUUGUCAGAACAAAGAAAUGCAACUAAAGAAAAUGUUCAGCGCAAACAGGCUCGCACAGAAGGUGAAAGGGAUGAUUCAGAUGCUGAAGUUAGUGCAUCGGAUUCAGAAGAGGAUGAUGACUCUGAAGUACCAUACAAUCCUAAAAAUUUGCCACUUGGAUGGGAUGGUAAACCUAUUCCAUACUGGUUAUACAAACUUCAUGGUCUUAAUAUAAGCUAUAACUGUGAAAUUUGUGGAAACUUCACAUAUAAAGGGCCCAAAGCAUUCCAAAGACAUUUUGCAGAAUGGAGACAUGCUCAUGGAAUGAGGUGUCUGGGCAUUCCAAACACAGCUCAUUUUGCAAAUGUGACACAAAUUGAAGAUGCCUUAGCAUUAUGGGAGAAGAUUAAAGAUCAAAAAGAAACAGAACGAUGGCAGCCUGAACAGGAGGAAGAAUUUGAAGAUUCUUUGGGGAAUGUUGUCAACAAAAAAACUUACGAAGAUUUGAAGAGACAAGGUCUUCUGUAGAGGUGUUUUUCUGCCUAGUUAAGCUAGACAAUGUGUUUAAUGACACAGGUAUAUGUGUAAGAUUGGGCAAUUGCUUGUGUAAUAGAGAAGUGCAUUAAAAAUUAGGUUUGAUAGUGA